UGUUAGGAUGCCUAGUGUCCUUCACGUCCCUGUACGUGUUGGAGGCCAUCGCUCUUAGGUUGGAGGUCUUGGCUUUGCAAAUGGCAAGCGCGAACAUGUCCUGGAUGGACGAGAAGACGAAGAAGAGGGAGCGGGACUCAUUGGUGCUCUACGUCUUGAUCCUCGUGUUCUUCUUUUCUUGUCAAUUCGGCCACGGCUCAAACAUUGGCGUGGCCGUGUCGCUGCCAGGGGACAAGGGCCAAAAUGCCAUGAACCUGGCACUUGGAUCUUGGGUGAUGGUCGGCGUUUGCCUGGGAUUGCCCUUGACACCUUGGGCAUGCAGGAUGUUUGGAGAGUUCAACGUCGUGGCCGUGUGCACUUUGCUGGACGUCGUGGCCAUGCUACUGAUGACCAUCCCUGGCAUUUCACUGCAUCAAAUCUAUGCGGUCCGUUUUAUGGUGGGCUUCUUCGAGGCACCGAUCCUUCCUUACUUGCAGGAAUGGCUCGCACGUCAUGGCAGCCACAACUGGAACGUCUGGAAUGCGAUUCUUCACGCCAUGGUGCCUUUGGGAGAAAAUGUUGGAUUCAUCUUGGCUCAGGAGCUCGUGGCUGCGGGUUUCUCUUGGCGCUGGGCUUUCGUGGGUCAAGCCAUUGCCUUUGGUGGCAGUGCACUGCUUUGUGUGGCAUAUGGUGGCCGAAGAUAUUUAGACUUUGCGGAGGACGAACCAGUGAAGCACACGGAAAGUGAAGACAAGGUCGUCAGUGAAGUGGAGUACCCCAGCACUGAGAAGUGGGGCGUGUACUGGGCAACUAAUGUGUCAUUGGCAGCACAGCUUGGCUUUCUUGGUGGGUGCAAAUACGUGAUCCGCAAAUAUGCCAUGUCGAGAGGAUUUGAGCUCCACUUGAUUCUUGCCACAUUUUCAGGCAUCGCCUUGUUGGGGCCAGCGCUUGGUGGAAGCGUGGCCAUGUCAGGCUCCAUCGUUCAGCCAGACAAAUGGAGUCAGCACAAAAGGACACUCAUCUUCCUUGCCGUGAUAUCCACGGUGGCUGCGCUUCUUGCAGCGAUGCUGCCCUAUGUGCCGAGCUCCUUCUUUUGGCCUAGUAUGUUCAUCACCUUCUUUGCGGCGGGUGGAGUGUAUCCUGCCGCGCAAGGCAUCAUCAAUAUCGCCUUGACUUCCAGCCGGGUGAUUGAGGCCUCAGUCUAUCAGGUCCAAUGCAACAACAUUUUGUUUGCAAUGCCAAUGCCCUAUGCCAUUGGCAAGGCCAUGGAUUCUUGGAGCAUUGGAGCAUCGUUUCGUCUUGUGGCUCUCCUUCAGGUCGUUGCAGCAACCGGUUUCGCAGUGGCAGUUGUGGCCGCAGACUUUGAAGAGGAAAGAAGCGCAUGGAAUCGCAUCGCUUCUCCAGACCCUUUGUUGAAUAUGGAGGAAGGAAUAUCGCCAACGUUGGAGAUGACAAAUGAACUCAAGUGUCCUGAAUAGUGUUUGACUUGGUUCAUGGCUCGGGCCAAAAGGCCUUUGCUUCCCUUCAAUACCAGCACCUGUCUGGUCGCAGAUGGCAGAUGGCAGAUCAGAACAAGUUUCACCACAUAGUCUGCAAGGUUUUCGCGUUUAGCAAAAUGACUGCGCGUACCAAAGUGUUGCGGCUAUCAUUUGGCAUCACAGUGACUGCAUGUCAUUGCCUCCCGAUCAGCUCCAAGUGCUGUCCAUAUGCAUUUCCCAAUGUGUGAUUCCGCACAUUCAUCGGUAUUCUGCAGGGUGCUCGAUUCAUAGAUAAAACAACUUAUGUAAAUUGGUGAUAACCCGC